AUGACUUCCACAUUCUCGCGGCUCGUCCGCUUCAGGGCGAGUGACGACCAGAUAUACUACGGCGAGGCCGGUGAUACCUGGCAACAGGACCUGAAGGGCCUCGAAGUCGAGACAUUCGCUGGCUCGAGUCCUUUCAAUCUGGGACCGUCCGGUAAAAAAGCUGUUAUAUCAGAGGUCCUUUGUCCUUUGGCCAGUGUGCCUAUAAUUAUAGGAAUUGGAUUGAACUACAAAAAGCAUGCAGAAGAGGCGAAGUGCCUCAGUCUCUAUUCUUCUGCUGACUACCGCCCAAAAGAUUCACUUGCGGGACCGUAUGAGGACAUACCUGUGCAUGUCGAAGCCAAAUAUCUCGACUACGAGUGUGAGCUGGCAGUAGUCGUAGGCAAGGACGCUAAAGAUAUCAAGGACUCGGAGGAUCCACUCGAGUAUGUCCUAGGCUAUACAGGGGCAAACGAUCUAUCGGCACGAUAUUGGCAGUUUGACUCUAAGCUCAAUGGCGGCCAGCACAUCAUCGCGAAGUCCUUUGACAAAUUUGCUCCCAUCGGUCCUGUCAUCGUGUCUCCACAGACUAUUGGCGAUGCUGAAAACCUGAGGCUCCGUACCUGGGUCGAUGGCGAUCUACGACAAGACGGCUCAACCAACGACCUCCUGUUUGGUAUCAAGGAAAUCAUUCGUUUCCUUAGCGUCGGCAAGACUCUGAGGAAGGGCACUGUCAUUAUGACCGGAACUCCUAGGGGUGUUGCGGCUGGUAUGAAGGAGCCCAUAUGGCUUGAAAAUGGCCAGACGGUGGCAAUUGAGAUCGAGAAGAUCGGAAAGAUAGCCAACAAGCUUGCUUUCUAUUGA